GCGCUGCCCCCUUGAGUCAGGAACGACUAGCACAUAUGUGCAAGGGGAACCUUUUUCUUUAAUUUGUUUAACGAUGUAAUCACUGUUUUUAGGGGAAAGGCACCAUAGGUUAAGUACAUUCAAUAAAGUCCGAAGGCCAUGCUAUAUAAAUCACAUUGCCACAACAACAGCAAGGCAAAGGGCAAAUCCAGUUCAGCACCUUAAGAAAGUUUGGCUUACGGAGGUCCGGCCCAACUCCCGACUACAGGGUGUGCCAGGAGGCGAACUGUGCCACUUGCACCAGUCACCACGUGCAUCCUUGGCUCCACAAGGACACCCCGGUGGCUUCCCCUCACGGACGGCUGAACUUGAUCCUGUUGUUUCUCAGCCUCCCGGGACAUCCGGCGUGGACCGCAGCCCUAAAACGGAAAGCGAAACCUAAGGAGAAUUCCGUGCGGGCGCAAAGAGAGAAAACUUCCACCCUUCUCCGGAGUGGCACAUCCGACGGGCGGAGCUCUUUGACGGGCGAAAGGAACGCCCCGUUGCAAGACGCCGACGCAGGGAGAGACGGCAGAAAGGGUCGUCGUUGUCGUCACUUCGGCGCAGCUGCUCCCAAGCCGAGGAGGAGGGAAACGAUGGCCUUCUUCUGGAGUUUCCUCUGGAGCCUUUGCGUCCUUGUGGGUCUCCUGCUGCCGCCCGGCGUUUCCUCUGAAGACUGUGAGGCUUACCGAGAUUCUGAUGGAGAUUGGCAUUCACAGCAGACUUGCUCAAAAUUUUGUUGUGGGACCUGUACUAAUCGUUACUGUUGCUCAGACUUCUUGGACAAAAAUUUCCAGAUUAUCUGUCCCUGGGAAAGUACACUUCCAUCUUUCAAGGCUGAACCAUUCAAGAUAGACCCAGAUUUUGAUGAUCUAUAUACGACUGAUUACAGUGGGACGUUUAUAGCAAUUGGCAUUUCAAUUUUCGUCGUGUUUGUAGUAGGCAUCAUUCUCUGCUUCACCUGCUCGUGUUGCUGCCUGUAUAAAGCCUGCCGAAGGAGACCGCAGCCUGUUGUGACCACAGCCACAACUGUGGUACAGAUGCCUUAUCCUCAGCAGCCUGGGGUACCAGUUGCUUAUGCUGGAGCACCAUACCAAGGAUACAAUCCACUGCCGGUACAGCCGCAGCCUGGAAUGCCAGCAGCACCCUACCCAACCCAGUACCCUCCACCCUACCCUACGCAACCUAUGAGGCCACCGCCAUACCAGGAAACAGUGCCAGUUGGUGCCUCAGCUCCAGCUCAACCCCCUUAUAAUCCAGCAUAUAUGGAUCCUCCAAAGGCUUCCUAUUAAAUUGACUUUUGCUGUUGUGUAUCUGCCUGGAAGCCUCUUCAAAUUGCCUUUUUCACAUGGAGUUCUUUCUGAAGAUGAUAUUCUGAUAACUGUGGGUCACAGUUUAGACAACUUUAUUUACAGCGCAUUGAGAAGUGCAAGUAAUUCAAGCAAUUAAAAGAUGAUUUUUUUGGGGGGGAAGGGGGAACUAAGAAAGAACUUAAAAAGUAAGCAUCAGGAAUAUAAAUUGGACUAAACAGGGACAGUCAUUUGAGGGAUUAUUUUGGCAUUAUUUCAUCAAAAUCAAUUUAAAAUGGGCUAAUCUCUUUCCAGCUUAGUAUGGAAGAAUAGCAUCUGCUAUGAAACAGACUAUGUUUUCUAAGUAAUAAGGAAAUAGCUCUUUAGCAAGAAAUGGGGCAUGUUGGUCAAUAAUCCCCUUGUUUUUGUUCAUUACGCAACAGUUCCAUAGUCUUUCAGUAUCACAGUGCAAAUUUUUGAAUUUCAUUGGAGUUUCGUCACUAUAUUAUAUAUAAAUAGUAUAUAUAUAUAUAUAGUAUUCUCUGCUGCAUGGAGAUUGUUGAAUGGGAUCAUUUAUCAACUUUCUGUGUUCUGCAACAAAAUAUUACAGCAUGUUGUGCUUUUAUAAAAGAAGACCAGAACUAGGACCAAACAAAGAUAAGGUGGUGACCUCCUCUAAUUUUAUCUGUAAUUCCCAGAAUCCCUUGCCCUUAGCAUCCAGAGUCUGCUGAAAAUUUAAAUCCAGCUGGAGGGAUAUUAAAUUACAUACCCCUGGCUCUAGGCUAUUUAAAUGGGACAUUUCAUUCCUCCCCACAUUAACCAUUUUUCUUAUCUGACAAUCACUUUCCUAUAGGCACAUAUAGUUUUGAUAAGGUGGUAUUUUGAUUAGAGUCUCACCAGCCUGAAUAUACUAUUAGAAGGAGGAAAUAUCACAGUAAUGUUUCAUUUAAAAUGUGUGUUUUGCUGCCAUUUCAGAAUAAAUCCAUUUCUCAAUUGAAAGUAAUUUUCCAACUACUUAAGGAGAGAGAGGGAGAGAGAGAGAGAGAGAUGAAUUUCUGUCUUGAAAUAAACACUAUAUGCAAUAAAUUUGGCAUCCUGGAACUUGUAUGAAAGUGGAAACAUUUCAAAACUCUUUACAUAGUAAUAUGGAAGUAAUUUGAUAAGGAAGAAAGCCUAAACCUGGGUUAACACCCCAGGAUAGAGAUGGCUCCCAAUCUCUCUAUAGCUAAUGCAGUCCAAAGGAAAACAACUUCGCUCCAAAUAAAGUGACACGGCACCCAAAAUAAAUCAGUGCAGCUCAUAAAACCAGCCGACACUAUGAGAUUAUAUACAUUGUGAAAACUGUAGUUCCUGUUUAGAAAUACCUAGCCAAGAGAUACAUAGUUUGGAAAAAAAAAUCCCCCAUUGCUAAUAGUUUUCUGAAGUUACAGAUUUGUUGUCUUGGUGUUUGAUGAAUAUUUCUGUCACCUUUGUGUCUUCUAACUCUCCCAAUUUCAGUUCCAUUUUUCUAUUUAAAAUACUUGCAGAAUCAUUAAGAGUGAAUUCUAUGGACUUUCAUUUAAUAUGUAGGGGACUUUACAGUAAACUUAACAGGAACAUUUCUGAAAAAUGUUGUAUCUCCUCUGCGUUAAUGGCUUGUAUCAGUCUUUUUCCAUACCACUAAUCUUGAGAGAUAUUGAUUUACGGCCAUGCUUGCUGGAGAUACUGCAAAUUAUAAUCCAACAUGAUAAAGUGCAUUCAUCUGAGAGAAGUGGACUACAUUAUGUUACAGAAAAAAUGAAAGGAUAUCAGAAAAUUAUAAGUUAUGUAAAUGGAUAAUGUAAUACUUCUUUGGGCCGAGGAAGAGAAAAUGGUUGAUUUCUGCAGUUUGUGUUAAACUCUGUUAUUGUACUUUUUGUAAAUACAGACAGUCCUCAACUUACAACCACAAUGAAGCUUGCAAUUUAUGGUCGUAAGUCACAAUGCUUAUAAAGCAGAACAUCAUGUGAUUUUCUGACAUUUUUUUUGCAACCAGUUGUGAGACAAGGAUUACCUGAAAGUCUGAAAGAGUUUGCCCCCUUAUUACCCAUUAGAAAUAUCUUAUUUCAGCAAGCUUUGGAUUUUAUGACAGCGUGACUCUAUAUUUUUACUUCCACAUAUGUCUUAUAAAGAAUACCUCUCUCUAUCACUGUGCUGUAAUUAUGGAAUCAUAGUAUUAUUUUGUUGAAGGCCGUUUUGCCUGCUUGCCUUGAGUGCUGCCUCUGUUUCCUUAUUCAGGCUAUGUAUGCUGAGAAUAGUUUCUAAUCAUUGUAAUAUGUGAAAUCACAGUUAACAAUUGGCAAGAUUUCAGUAAUUGACAACUGGUAGAAGAAUCUGUCCAAAAAUAUUUGCUUAUGAAAAAUUUAUAAUAGAAGGCAUUUCUUUAAUGGCACUUCUACUGCUAGAAGUGGCUCAUGUUACAAUUCAUAGUACUUGUGUGAAGUAUGAAGGAUUGUGACAAGUGGCACGUGUAGUGUCUCAAUUAAAAAGCUGCAUUCUUUGUCAAAGAAAAGAAGACUUUUGUUUAUCCUUUUUUAUUGUGAACAUUUAAAGUGCCUUUUCAAAUUUUUGUAACUGUGUCACCAUAGCUAUUGUACAAUAUUAACAUACCAUGAUGUUUUUUGUUCAGAAUCUUGAUUUUGUUUUUAAUAAAAAAAAAUUCCUUUACAUGUUUUUGCUUCUGGUAAAGAAAAUGCAUUUAGAACAAAAGUUAGCAUAUUUGUGGCUAUUUGUAAUAAAUCUGACCAUUUACAAUA